UCACACGAAGCAGGCUCUAGCUCCGCUUCCGGUCGGGGUUCGCUCGUGCAGUUCACGAGUAGCAGCCGGCUGCGUUUAGUGCUGCGGGGAAGAGUCGGCUUCAGGCGGUUUGGAACAGGUAUGAGUGAUUUCAGUGAAGAAUUGAUAAGGUCCAAGACAGAGGAUGACCAGGAGGAAUCAUGUGUAUUGUCUGGUACAGGAAUGUAUUUUCCUUGGCUCCAAAAGCAUAUAGACACUGUGGAAACUGGAGGAAAAAAGGAGAAGGAUUUUGCUCAGACAACCAGUGCUUGUUUGAAUCGUAUCCAAGAAGCUUUGCUGAAGCACCAGUGGCCACAAGCUGCAGGGUACAUGCACAGUUACUUCCAGAUCCUGGAAGAUUCAGACAGCCACAAGAGGCAGGCUGCACCCGAGAUUAUUUGGAAGCUCGGAAGUGAAAUUCUAUUUUAUCAUCCCAAAAGCAACAUGGAGACUUUCAAUACCUUUGCUGACAGAAUGAAAAACAUGGGUGUCAUGAAUUACUUAAAGAUCUCCUUACAACAUGCAUUAUACCUUCUGCAUCAUGGAAUGCUUGAGGAUGCAAACAGAAAUCUCAGUCGUGCAGAGACAUGGAGAUAUGGUGAAAAGUCAUCGUCCCAGGAAGUGUUAAUCAACCUUAUUCAGGCCUAUAAAGGGCUUUUGCAGUAUUAUACUUGGUCUAAAAAGAAGAUGGAAUUGUCUAAUCUUGAUGAAGAUGAUUAUGCUUACAACACAGCGUCCCAGACUAUGCUCAACCACAGUUGGAAGACAUCGGUAAACCUUGGUGCCUUGAUUCAAACUCCUGGAGUUUGGGACCCUUUUGUGAAGAGUUAUGUAGAGAUGCUGGAGUUCUAUGGGGAUCAAGAUGGAGCCCGAGAGGUACUCACCAAUUACGCCUAUGAUGAAAAGUUCCCGUCCAAUCCAAAUGCUCACGUCUACUUAUACAACUUUCUAAAGAGGGAGAAGGCACCAAGAGAGAAACUGAUAAGUGUGCUGAAGAUUUUGUAUCAGAUUGUACCAUCUCAUAAACUCAUGUUAGAAUUCCAUAGGUUACUGAGAAAAUCAGAAAAAAAAGACCACCAUAAACUUGGGCUGGAAGUAUUAUUUGGAGUCUUAGAUUUUGCUGGAUGCACUAAAAAUAUAACUGCUUGGAAAUAUUUGGCAAAAUAUCUGAGACAGACUUUAAUGGGGAACCACCCUGCCUGGGUCCAAGAAGAGUGGAACUCCAGGAAAACCUGGUGGCCUAGCUUUCACUUCAGCUCCUUUUGGGCAAAAAGCGAUUGGAAAGAGGAUAAAGCUUUGGCUUGUGAGAAGGCUUUGGUAGCUGGAAUACUGUUAGGAAAAGCUUACUUGGUACAGUGCCCAAGGACAUUAGAUGCUGGAGAGGAUAACUGGUGAAUGGAAAAAUGAACGUUGAGGUGGGGCCAGGUGAUCUGCUUGUAAGGACUGUCUGUGGACUGGAAACUGAUUUCAUCUUGUUGAUUGCGGUGCUUGCUUUUUAUGCUGUAAUUUGCGUAUCUUUAGGGGCCAAUUAAGAUAGAGGAUGCAGACUGUUUCCACAACAACCGCAUAGAAAGUUUACUGACAUUGUCCACUUGACAGUAUUAGAAAUAGAAAAAGAUUCUUUGCUGACCUUAUUGUUUGAUAAUAGCUCCGCAUUAUACUUACUUAUCUGUUCAGGUUCGGAGGGAACAUUUCUCCCGUAAAAAGAGUAUACCUCCUAUUAACUUAUUUAAAAAUCCUCUUAAAGAAAGGGAAAUUGAUCUUUUCUUCGUGGAACAUGCUGGCUGUUAAAACUCUCAGCGCUCGGUGCCAAUGGAGCAGGGAAACUGUAGGUCAGAGAAAAAGAGAGUGUCACCCGUGUCCAUGAGUAAGCAGUCUGUUGCUAGAGAGUUCAGAGUAUCCUAAAGAGGUUCUUCAGCUCGGUUGUGAGAUCGUUGGUUUUAUUUUGGAAUUAGUAUUCUCAGUGAGUGUUUCAGAUGAUUACAAGGGUUAAUGAAAUGCUGGUUCCUAAGAGGAAAAGGACAAAUAAAUAGGAAAACAACUGUAAGAUUUCUCUCUUAACACACUGAUGCCAAGGAACAGAAAUGUGAUUCAGACUGAGAUUUCUACUUCCUUAUGAGCGUAGAGGCAUCUAGUACAGAUAUCUAAAGGUGUCUGUGUUUGAGCCAAGUCUGGACUGAUUUUCCAGUCUGUCACCUUUUCCUGUCACUUAGAUCAAACAGUUAACCUUUGGGACCCUCUCUCUGAGUAGGCUUCCUAACACCUGUCCAUGCUGCCUACGGGAUUGUUGUAAGCAUCAAGUGAGCGUCACAUCAAAGUGCUUUAUAAAUUCAAAAGUGCUCUGUGAAUAUCAAGCAUAAUCUUGCCUGAAAAUGGAUACAUUUCUUUUUUCCGGUGUUAGUGUGGGGGUUGAGUCAGUCUGUUCAGGAGUUGAGCUGGGUUUUGUCCGUGCUCUGGUUAUCCCCAUUCUAUCACAGGAUUCAAAUUCUGGUCACGAUCUGCCUUUACUUCAUGCUGAGAGCGGGGUCUGGUAGCUGCCCUUCCUCCCAUGCUCUGGUAAGGCAAGCCAGGCCCUUUGUCCUUGUGACUAUACGUCUUCUGGGGGAGGAAGGAGUUUGUAGGUUAUUUGGCUUUUUCUCUGUGUUAGGGUGAGAUCAGAGUUCUUUCUGUCUAUAUUCUAGAUGGAAGCAGAAAUCUGUGUACAAAGUAUUUUGUUUUUGCUAAAGUGGUAGAUGUGUUUGGAAAUACAGAUUAUUACAUUAACAUCACAGCACUGCUUUCUAGCUAAUAAAACGUUAGUAAUUCUGGCGUACUAUUUCAGGAAUAAUGGUUACUGUAGGUACAGUAUAUAUCCUAGCAAUUUCCCAGAGAAGAUGAAUGUAUGGUGAGACUAUAAUGAAAUUAGUUCUUAUGUGAUUUAUGGUCUCACUCAUCAAAUAUAAAAAAAAUUCUCUUCUUUAAGGUUUAUUUAUUUUGAGAGAGAGAGAGGAAGGGAGUCGGGGAGGGGCAGAGAGA